UAGACGCACGCGAGAGGUCCUACCCCUUCCGCGCGCUAGGAGAGAAGUGUGGAAGAAGUGACGUAGAAGGUUCUCCUUUUUCUUGCUGUUUUUUUUUUAUUUCUUUGCUGUAGCGGUUAUGCCUUUCGGGCCACAAUGGCGGCUUUGUUACUGUUCUGUGCGCAUACACGUGUUGCUCCGUAGGUUUCGAACCGUGGCAAAGGCGCCGUGCGGGCAGGUUUGCGUUGGUCUCCGUGUUUGGUUGCGCUGUGUUAUCUGGACUGUGCUCUACCGAAUGUUGCUGUGGCCAGCUGGGACAGGAGGAACUAAAGUUCGUGAAAUGAACGCGCAUGCAACGCUGUACGCAAUGUACCGCGCCACGGCUAUAGCAACGGACGAAGGGAUAUCCGCGGGAAAUUUUGCCCUAUUUGGCGGAGUCAUUCUAACGUGCUAACGAUUGUUUAUUAUUGCUGCGGAGCGCGCGCGUCCGGGCAGCCCGGUUGCCCGCAGCGCGGCGUGGUCUCGCGAGAAAUGUAAACAAGAGAGGAGGGCUGGCCCGAUAGGCGGAGCAACGCCAUGAGCAACGCCAACUUCCGGCCUCACUUUAGCUUCACAAAGAGUGACGUCAGGGCCCCUCCCGUUUUCUUCCGCCAGGGUGCGAGAGGGGGUUCAUUUGCUUUGUGGCGGUUCGUUCAACACAGCACUGCUUUUCACUCGCUGCCGUGCAUGCGUACUGCGUGUUCCAGAAGCAGGAUUUCUUCCUUGCCUUCAGUUCCAAAAUCCUGUUGACGUAAGUAGCGCACUCUUGGGAACUGUUAUCAGGCGCAACUCGCGUUUCUUAAAUGGCUGGCAGUAUGUUCACGCAUGUGGACACGCGCGGCAUUCCGCGCAGACAGUGCACGUCUAUCGGCUGCGAUUGCCGCAGCUUCACCCGACCCUUGUCGUUGAACAUUUGCCAUGUACAAGUCGCCUUUGAACCGUAUGGCUGGUACGGCUGGUGCCGCGGCUGCGGCCACUCACCGGUCACUCACAGCCGUGUUGCAGAAACUAGCACUUGCAGUGAGCAGCCAUGGCAGGUGGACGUUUCACGCUUAUCUGGCUCUCAAGAAAACCUGGAGCAGGAUUCCACGCCGGAAGCAGAUCCAAAGCCGCAGAGCUGCACCGAGCAGCAAGGGAUGGCCUGUGUUGGAGAAUUGGACAACCUUCACUUGAAACUGAAGCCAGAUUCCAUCCCUGAAGAAAACUCUGAGCUAGAGCAAAGCUCACAGUCUGAGCGGAGCCGAGAGCAGGUAACAAGUCCACAGCAAGAGGCAAGGUCAGCCACACCUGAGGAGAAGAGACAUGACAAAGAGGAAGCCCCGACUUGCUCACAUAUUGUGGAGCGAAGCUUAAAACAGCUGAACGAAGAAAAGGAUCAUCCUGAAAGGCAACGUGAUUGCUCAGAUGCUGAAGACAUUUCUGAUGCUCACCUGCUGAUCAAACGACUCCUCUUGGAUACCCGCACAGACCAGUGUGACAGCAUUCAAGACCGGAAGCAGAUAAGGCACCACGCGUGGCUGCUGUUCGACGGGCCGCCACGAGUUCAGGAGGCCUUCUCGAACUGGGACAUGCAUCGUCUGCAGCCAUCGAGAGUCACACUGCCGAAGUUGCCUGCAGAAACGCUGAAAGAGUGGGAAGCACUAGAGAAAGCUGUUCAAGAUGACGGUGUGGCUACAGCCUUGCGUGAAGCGCUUCUUAGCCUGAAGGGCUCCACCUUGCGAAAGGUGGCAACCACCGUGAUGAAGAAGAUUAUGGGUCACUCUGUUCAGCAACGCUAUAGCAUGUACGGAAAAAGGGGCAAGAAGGCUUUCAUAAAGACGCGGAUAUGCAGCGUGGUAACAGGAACCUGGGACCUUGGCAGAACGGUGGACUUACAACUCUUGCCGAGUCGUUCCUUGCAUACUUUGCAUGCUAUCGAUGUUGUGUUGAGCAAUGUAAUCAUUAUUCGUUUAAAACAUGUGCUGCAAAUGAAGCAAAUGAAAUCUAUUUAUGGGGCUAUGGUUGAAUGCAUAACAUAAAUAGAGAGUGGCACUUUACGUAUUUAUAUGUUGCACUUUAUUUGUUUUAUGCUGUUUUUAUUAUACAUUGCUUUACGUAUGAUAUGAUCCAUUUUGACAAGUGAUUGAAGAUACUCACGGGGAUGCCGAUUUGAGUGGUGUAGCAAUGCUGUGCUACAUUUGAAAUGUUUUUGUUUUCCUUUUCACAUUUUGCUUGUCAUAUCUUUGUACGGCCAUUCAAUUAUAAUUUGAAAGAUUUAUCGUGUAGUUGUUUCACAGUGAACACACUACAAAAAGUUUUAAUUCUUACAGAAGGUCCCACGAGGAAAACCUGUCACAAGGACCUUUUGAGAGUACAGUACAUGCAAAGAUGUAUAAAGCAAAUAAUAGCAUAAAAAGCACAAGCAGUGAUGAUACAGGAAAUGGAUAACUCAAUUAAGAUACAAAAUAAUAAUCAAAUAAAUCAUAAUACUAACCCAACACACUCUGGAAGUGUGUCGUGCCUUAGUAAAUAAAGACAGCAGGUUUAAUAGGGAGGAUGCAGCAGGAAUUCUUAAAACAAAAAAGUGAAGUAUAGGCAUUUUUCAAAGCAAUUUUUAACAUACGUUAGCAAAAAAAUUUUCUUCGGUGCUUUUUUUUUUAAAUGACUAUGUGGAGUGGGAUAAUUUGAUGUAGAUAGGCAACAAGUUCCAGGCAGAUAUAGCUUAAAAAACUGUUGUUUGUUUCCCAUAAUUAGUUUUAGCUUCAGGCAACGGUAAGUUCAGGUUUUCAGAAACUUGAGUAUUAUUUUGGUUUGUAAGUUAUUCCAGAGUUAUAUAACUGAAGGCAGUGUCUUUAUUACUCAGACAAAAUAUGAGCACAGUUAGCUUGAAAGACAAUUGAUGAGAGAGGCAAAAGAAUAUUGAGGCUGGUUUAUACGGGUGGUACUGUUGCUGAAGGGUCACUAAUAGAGUUGGCGGGAAGUGCUCAAUUCAGUGAAUGACAUAUACAGUUAAACCUUCAUCUAUCAAACAGCACGGUUAAUGGGAAAUAGUUCGAUAUAGCCAGAAUUUGAUAUAUAAAAUCGCGUUAAAUACCCAUAAAAGCUUGUACAAAUCAAUCACUGAACCAGACGGGCCGCAGUAAAUACUCACCUAAAGCUUCACAUAAAGUAUUUAUUUCUUUGGCUGAAAUUACUGCAGUGUAACCUGCUUCUUAAUGGCAGACACGUGCUUAACCAUGGCAUCCUCAACGUAGUCUAAACGAUCCACAAGCGUUAGGCUGGUACCUUCUGUUGCACUGUAGUAGCGGCGUAGAAGGGCAAAAGCAGCUGCACCCUCAGUUGAAGUUGGCAGCGGGGCAACAUCAGCACUUGUGAGAUCAACGUCGGCAGCAUCUUCAUUUGGCCGCUACUUCCGCUACGAACUCCACGUCCAUUAAUCGAAGCAUUUUGAAACACUGUCAAUAGCAAAGUAUUAAGUGGUCUCUGUUGUGGCAUCUAUAGCUCACACCACAUAUACGCUUGCGGAUGCACGCAAGCUCGCGUCCACAAUCGCUAUUCCUCGCCAGGCGCGGCAUGCGCAAGGCGCGAAGGCGUGAGCUUGCGCGUGUCUGCAAUCGUACAUGUGGUCGGGGCUUGUGAGUGAGCCCAGUGAACAUGCGCUGUCACACACCUCUGUGGAAGCAAACCGCCGUUCCUAGUGAGGCGCAGAGCACGGCACUGAGGAGGAGUCAGUGCGGCAAAUGCAAUGCAUCAUUGGUGUUGUUGACCUAGCCAAGGCGCCGUAUGCAGCAGUUCAGAACGCCCAUUGCGCCACCGCUCUCUUCGAGGGUGUUGUGGGAAAGGUCGCUGCCUGUUAACAGAGUGCAUGCGGUCUGGGGUGUUGGAGUUUAAUAUAUCCAUUUUACGUUCGACCCCGUUCAUAAUAAAAAAAUGACAAAUGCAUGCGAUUCUCCAGGCGACACAUAGAAAGUGUUCGAUAUAUGCAAUAAUUCAAUAUAUCCGUGUUCAAUAUAUUGAGGUUUGACUGUAUGAGUAUGACAAAUACUACCUAUUGUCUACAAUCUUGUGGCAACACUUAUGCAAUGAGUCCCAUGAGUGUUGCCCCAAGACUGUAGACAAUAGGUAUUUGUCUACAGUUGGUUGUAAGUGGAGUUGACUGUGAUCUAAUAUAAAGAAAAGUAUGUGUAACAAUGAUGCCUUAUUGACAAAAAGACGCAGAUAUUUGUUUGUGACAUGUGUACCGCCUCGAGCAAUAUGAAACAAAAGCACUCUAGUUCCUUUCAGGAGGUCGUAGUGUGUAAACACAUUCUCCUCAUGCAAGUGUUCAAUGAAAUUAAAUAUUCAAUAGGAAAGCUACUUACUGCAUAUUAGCAUGUUAGAUUCAAAUGCACAUAUCACAUACCUAAGUAGUCCUUACUUGCAAACAAACCAGAUGUUCUAUCUUAUAUUGCUCAUAGGUGUGCUGCAUUUCCUCAGGGUAACACUUUUAUCGUGUGACAAGUGAGAAGAAUGGAGAGUUUUAGUUUGUUCAUAAACUUCUUAACAUUUGCAGAUUACCAGGUUGACGGAGCCAUUAACGGCAGUAGUAAAGCUGGUAGUGACCUGUUGUGGGCGAUGUGUCCAACUACAAUGUCUGCAAAGAAUCUUUGCAUCGUGUCAGUGUUCUCAGAGAAAAAGAAAAUUGUAAACAUACACUGCAUGUUCACGAUUGUGUUUCUACCAAUUCUUUGGACCAGCAGUGUAGUGCAAUGUCUAGGUCUCCGGAGUAUUAGUUUUGAGUGCUCUCUGGUUAGGCACUGUGUCACCAGGUGUCGCUGCCAGCGUUGCUGCUGCUGUACAUCUCUCCGUGAACCCAGUGUUCCACAAACAGCAUUACAUUUCGGGACAUCCUAACCGAGGACCUGAAAGAUUCCAUUUUUUUUUGUUAAUUACAAUCGUAUGCAGAAAACAGACAGUGAAGCCUUCAAAUGCAUAGGAAAAAUAAUUAUGUUUCAUUGAAAUGUAGAAAUAAUACGGAAAAAGAAGAAAUAAAAGUCGAUGAAAAAAACAUGGGGGUGGGAGCCAAGCUCACCUCUUCCCGUCCACUUUCUUGGUUAUAUGUGUAUGUAUACAAGAUUACCCCUACUAAUACAUGACACUGCCGGUUAAAAUCGUGUUCAUCUGCUGCCGUGGCUUAGCACGGCGCUGGCUAAUGUUUCCCAGGGCUAAUCUGGCACUCGUAUACUAAGAAAGUGGAUGGGCACAUUGACCGCUGCAGAUGACGAACUGGUAUAGUACCGCACACGUAAUGCAGAGGAGUACCCACUUCCAUUUGGGCAAGUUGGUGCGACAUACUGCAAGGUUACAUAUUGCAGCGCGAGAACAAAACAAAGAACACUUACGCACAGGAUCAGCACUGGUCCUGCGUGUAAAGGUUUUUAGUUUUGUUUUUGUAGUACUGGAUUUAAACUUGCAGUACACGUAGUGCAAGGAUAUGGGCUCAGCACCCACCUGUGACAAGUUCUCUUUUGAUCUACUUCCAUUUUUCUCAUUGUUUCUACAUUUUUAAUAAAUUUGAUAAAUGAAUUUCCCCUGUGCUUUCUCUGGCUUCGUUGUCUAUAUUGUGCAUGCAGUUGUAACGGACUUUAUAUUGUGGUAGUUAAUUGUAUAAGUUGCCCCCCCCCCCUAAUUAUUGCGAGUUUCAAAGAAAAAAAAAUGGCAUACAACUUGCACCAGUGUAUGAGACUCCUAUUUUAACUCGGUUGGCAUAAUAAAAUGUGAUUAUGGUGAUGGCAUCACUUCAUAGUCAUCGGCAACUACAAAAUAACUUUUACGCGACUUUGCAAGCACAUAGCUGACAUUGCUCCUGCAGCGUGGCUUGCUCACUUAAAAAGAAACGUUCAUAUUGGGGGUGCCAGCAUGCAUGGCUUUAUGCAUAUAUAAGUUGCACCUUUGUAAAAAAUGUCCAAAGUUUUUUGGGGAAAUGCGACUAAUAGUCGGGGAAAUAUGAUGUGCUUUUUUGA